AUGGCUGUACGCGAUGUGCCACUUAUUAACCUGAUACAGUUAACACUCGCCGGGUGCUCAGAGUGUGAGCAAAUUCCGAGGUUGGAGCACUUGACAAAUCUCAAAUCUCUUUCUUUGAUAGGAUUGAAGAAGGUGAUGCACAUGAAUUCUUCAUUCUGCAAUUUAAUGUCUCUCACCAUACGUGAUUUGGAAGGAUUGGAAAGUCUCCCACACUGGUUAUUCUUGAAGAAUCGAAAUCUCUCAAAAUUGGAGAUUAUUGGAUGCGCCAAAUUGGAAAAGUUACCAUAUGGGCUGGACACCCUUGAUUCUCUAGAAGAGUUAAAUAUAACUAAGUGUCAAAAUAUGAAGAUGAUCGUUAAUCCAUGUGACGGAGAAAGACUAUAUGCAAAAGGGAUCCUUCGUGUGCUGAGGAUUGUAGGAUGCGGAGAGCUGAGGGAAUUGCCACGUCAAAUGGUGGAGUUGUGGGUACCGUUGCUUGAGGUACUGGAAUUGUUUGAAUUACGGAGCCUAAAGAAUCUACCAGUGCUAAUCGGAUGCCUAGCAAAAUCAGCUCGUCUUAGAGAACUGAAAAUUGGAUGUGUUCCUCAAUUAAUGAAUACUUGCUGUGUUGAGAGUUGGCAUUUUGGCAACUUGCAAAAGGUACAUCUAGAUGUUAGUUGGGAGAGUACUGAAGUUACUGAAGAGAAGGGUAAUGACUUCUUGAAAGGAAGGCAUUUUGGCAGCUUGCAAAAGUUACAUUUAGAUGUUAGCGGGAAGAGCAGAGUUUCCAUUGAGAAUGUGAAUGACAUCUUGCAAGGUUGCUGCAACUCACUCACUCAAUUAUGCUUAUUAGGAAAGGAAAUUUGGGAGCGGGUGCCAGAAUCAAUUCAACAUCUCACUCUUCUUUCCAAGUUAGAGUUGCACAACUUAGGAAUUGAAGAAUUGCCUGAAUGGUUUGGGAAACUUUCAUAUCUAAGUAAGCUAUCUCUAUCUAGUUGCAUCGAGAUGAAGCGUCUGCUCUCCUGGGAGACAUUAGAAGGCCUCACUGAAUUACGGGUUUUAGAUAUUAAAGACUGUCCGAAAUUACGAAUUGGAUUUGAGGGGCGCAACACUUCUCAUCUCACCAUCAAAAUUGAUAACAGCUGGAUUAAACCGUACACCAACGAAAUCGUGGAUGGAGGUAUAUCUUCUGCGGCCACUGAAUUUCUUUUAAAGAGCCUUGGCAACACUUUCAAGCUGGAAAAGAACUCUGGCAACGUAGGUGUCAAUGGAGAUAUCGAACAACUGCAGAAGACUUUGGUCACUGUUCAGAGUUACUUGAAUGACGCCCAGAACAAGUCUAUUGGCGAAGAUGAUGUCAAGGUCUGGUUAAUAAUGCUUCAACAAGUGGCUUUCGCUGCUGGUAAUGUUUCAGAUGAAUUCAACUACAGUGCUCUCCACAGCACAGUGAAGAAACUGAAAUCCAAGGCCAAAUAUAAGGCCCUAUCAAGGCUCCCAUCCUUUAAUCAGAUCCUACGUCAGAUAAAAAUAGCUUCGAUGAUCAAAGAUAUCAAUAUGGUAUUUGAAUCAAUGAUCCAAAUGGCGGAGGAUUUCGGUGUUCAAAGCAAAAGAGGGAGAGAACCUGACGCAGCUGAUGCUAGUGCUUCCUCUGAUUCAUUUACUGUUGAUCCUAUCUUUUUUGGAAGGGAUAUUAAUCCAAUCUUUUUAGGAAGGGGUAAUGAUGUCCAAAAACUAGUUGAGACUGAUAUCCCAGGAGAUACCAUAUUCUCCAUCAUUGCAAUUGUUGGAAAGGCUGGGUUGGGAAAAGAAACGUUGGCAAGGACAGUUAUCAAUCAUGAAGAGGUUAAGGCUCGAUUUGGAUCAUAUGUUUGGGUUCAUGUUUCUCGAAAUUUUGAUCCAAUCGUGAUUUUAAAAAAAAUCCUUUAUGCGUUGACAUCAGAAACUAAUAUUGGCGAAGUUGAGACCGAGGAAAGUAUCCUCAAGAAGCUUCAACAAGCUUUGAAGGGUAAAACUUAUAUUCUUGUUCUUAAUGAUCUUUGGAAUGAAGAUGAUCUGAAAUGGAAAAAGUUUAUUAAUUCGAUAUCGAGAGUAACUUCUAUGAAGGGUAAUGCAAUUAUCAUCACUACCAGGGAAUCCAAAGUUGCUUCAUUAGUGAAGCCACUUCACACUUACGCUUUGAAUGGCUUAUCAGAUGAAGAUUGUUGGUCAAUAAUCAAAGCAAAAGCUUUUCCAAAUGGAGAUGACCGGGACUUGAGACCAUUAGAGACAAAAUUGUAAAAAGAUGUCA